CUCGGGCCGGGAUUCCUGUUUCCCUGCAGCUUGUCGGCAGGGCUGCAGCCGCCUGUCUGUGUCUCACUGCGGGGGCAAUGGUGUAGCGAUGUCGGGGGACUAUUGGGAGACGCACUGAUAAGCAAAUCCACACCCUCCCUCCCUCCACCCCCAUCCCUCCUCUUUCCCUCCCCAUCCCUCCACAUCCAACCUUAAGGGGCUGUCAACCCAUGGUGGUCCUUUCCUUCGGGCAGGCGAUUGGAAAUCAGACGCUGAUGGAUCGGAUGAAGAAAAUUAAACGGCAGCUGUCUAUGACGCUCCGAGGUAGCCAGGCGUCUGAGAAAUCCCUGAGUGACCUAUCAGAGCAGAUAAACAUUGAAGAAAAUAAUGUCAGCGACAGUGGUCGAGCAUCACAGUCUGGUUUUUUACCCUUUCACCUUCGUCACGCUGCCUCCACUUCCCAGCUGCGUUCCGCACGACCGCUGCACAACGAGCCCAUGGUGAAGAACGGGAGGCCCCCCACGUCCCACAGCAUGCACUCCUUCCUUCACCAGUACGCGGGCAGUUUCAAAAAGCCGCCUAUACGGAGGCCCCACAGUGUGGUGGGCAGGAGCCUCAGCUCGCACCUUCAGAGGAAUACCACGCUAGAGAUCGUCCAUGAGGACCUGAAGAUGGGCUCUGAUGGGGAGAGCGACCAGGCAUCUGCCACCUCCUCCGACGAAGUCCAGUCCCCAGUCCGGGUACGGAUGCGCAACAACGUCCGGAAGAUCUCCACUGAGGAUAUCAAUAAGAGGCUGUCUCUGCCUGCGGACAUCCGGCUGCCUGAGGGAUACCUGGAGAAGUUUGCCAUGAACAGCCCCCCCUUCGACAAGCCGCUCAGCCGUCGGCUACGCAGGGUCUCGCUGUCAGAAAUCGGAUUUGGCAAGCUGGAGACCUACGUUAAACUGGACAAGCUCGGUGAGGGCACCUAUGCAACGGUGUACAAGGGGAGGAGUAAGCUGACGGAUAACUUGGUGGCGCUGAAGGAGAUCCGACUGGAGCACGAGGAGGGAGCUCCCUGCACCGCCAUCAGGGAAGUGUCGCUGCUGAAGGAUCUCAAACACGCCAACAUCGUAACGCUUCACGACAUCAUCCACACAGAGAAAUCCCUCACACUGGUCUUCGAGUAUCUGGAUAAAGACUUGAAACAAUAUUUGGAGGAUUGUGGGAAUGUCAUAAACAUCCACAAUGUAAAGCUCUUCCUGUUCCAGCUGCUGCGUGGCCUGGCGUACUGCCACCACAGAAAGGUGCUACACCGGGACCUGAAGCCCCAGAACCUGCUCAUCAACGAGAAAGGAGAGCUCAAGCUGGCCGACUUCGGGUUGGCCCGGGCAAAGUCGGUUCCGACUAAAACCUAUUCAAACGAGGUGGUGACUCUCUGGUACCGGCCCCCAGAUGUCUUGCUGGGAUCCACGGAGUACUCAACACAGAUAGAUAUGUGGGGUGUGGGCUGUAUAUUUUAUGAGAUGGCCACGGGGCGUCCGCUGUUUCCUGGCUCCACCGUGGAGGAAGAAUUGCAUUUUAUAUUUAGGGUAUUAGGAACACCGACAGAAGCGACGUGGCCCGGGAUCCUGGCCAACGAGGACUUCAGAUCGUACAACUACCCCAAGUACCGGCCAGAGCCUCUCGUCAAUCACGCACCCAGACUGGACCCAGAGGGGCUUGAUCUCUUAUCAAAACUACUGCAGUUUGAAGGGAAGAAGAGGAUUUCAGCGCAACAGGCCAUGAAACAUCCACAUUUCCACAGCCUGGGCGAGCGGGUCCACAAGUUACCUGAUAAAACAGAGAAGUGCUCCAAAGAAUGCCGGCUGGUGACAUAGUGGCAUCAGUGCCGGACUUCAGAACGAAGGCUCCCGAGUUCGAAUCCAGCCGGCUCCCUGGCACGCUUUCCAUCCGUGCUGGGUUGAACAUCGAGCUAGCAACUCGACCUCAUAAAAAAGAAAUUGCCUGCUACAGAAACAUAAACAGCAAAAAGUUGAUGGCCUAUGCUCUCUCGUGAGUUUGAAAGGCAAUUUCCUUUUUCCUCCAAAGAAUGAACGACAGUUAAAUGUUAGACCCCAAAGUCCCCUCCCCAGCUCCCCUCCCUCCUGCGUGUGAGUGGCAGCAAGCAAUAAUCCCCCUCCCCCCACCAGCAAAAACAAGCACUGGCACCCGCCACCAAGCACUCAAGCAUGAGCAAAGCAACAGCAGACACAGAAUUGCAGUACCCCAAGGACUUCAUGUUUCACCUGGUACUCGACAUACCACAGGCUCUCUCUCUCACUCCCUAAUAAGGGAGAAAGAGCUGUCUCUUUUUUCACAGCGAGCAGGGAGACAUAACAAACAACUCGCUGGUUUACGAUGUUAAAAAUCCGUUACGUUGCUUUUUUCGAGUCUGUGCCCAAAGAUCUGGGCGCACAGCCGUAGAUAUUCUGACUCCCCCAACGACACACAGGUCUCCUGCCGUGACACCGACCUUCAGUCCACCUGUCUCCAGAGCCCCGAACUCCUAGACCUCCAAAGCUGAGCUGGACUUUUAGGCUGAGCUCUUGGCAUGCCGAACAACGGCCAGUUAUGAAACCCCGAGAGCGGGUCCCAUUCCUACAAAGAACCAUACUCAGGGGAAAAUAAAGAUAUUAAAGAUGGAAAUAGAGCUGUUUCCAAAGAUGCAAGGAAAGGGGUCGCCGUUUAGCGCCAUCAUCACUCUGCUCUGCCUCCAUGUAACUAUAACAGCGCUGGCAAGACAGGUUCAAUUCUUUCCGCUGUCCGUAAGGAGAUUGUAUGUUCUUCCCGUGACUGUGUGAAUUUCCUCCAGCUACUCUGGUUUACUCCCACAUUACAAAUACGUAUGGGUUAGUAGAUUAAUUGGUCACAUGGUGUAAAUUGGGUAACGUGUGCUCAUUGAGCCAAAAGGGCUUGUCACCAUGCCAUCUCUUUAAAAAUAAAUAGGAAUAUGGGUCUCGGACUCACCUCGCCUUCCGCUGCUGAUGGAAACACUCCUUGUGUCAAAGCCCCGCUCUUCAGAUGAUGUAGACGUGCACUACUCUUCCUGCUGCAAGGAAGUGAGGCUUCUGAUAAGUGUGAGGUGGUUCAUUUUGGUAGGUCAAAUAUGAUGGCAGAAUAUAGUAUUAAUGGUGAGACUCUUGGCAGUGUGGAGUAUCAGAGGGGUCUUGGGGUUCGAGUCCAUAGGACACUCAAAGCUGCUUGCGCUAAUUAACUGUGGUGAAGAAGGCAUACGGUGCAUUGGCCUUCAUCAACCGUGGGAUUGAGUUUAAGAGCUGAGAGGUAAUGUUGCACUAUAUAGGACCCUGGUCAGACCCCACUAGGAGUACUCCCCCACUAUAGGAAAUAUUCUUUACAUAUCCACUCUAUUCAGGUCUUUCAGUAUCCGGUAGAUUUCAGUGAGAUUCCACCCCCCACCACCCCCAAACACCUCGUCCAUAAAAGAUAGCACAGGCCCAGAGACGUCAAACGCUCCUCAUACGUUAAGCCCUUCAUUCCCAGGACAGAGAUGCAUUUAGUGCACAUUUUCAGUGUAAGUGUCAUUAGUAGAACAUGCGAGAAGAGGAGAAUUGUUUCUUUGGAACCAGUUAGGUUAUGGACGUCCCCUGGAGGAGUUCCCCAUUAGAAAAUGGGGCUACAGAGGAGAUAGAUUGUACGAAACAUUAGAAUCGGGUCGAUUAUCACUGACAUGUCAUGAAAUUUGUUAUUCAGUGGCAGCAGUGCAGUGCAAUUAUUGUAAAUUACAAUAAGAAUAUAUUAAAAUGCAAAAAGAGAGCAAACUAAUUCAGUAGUGUUGAUAUAUUCAUGGAAAAUUCAGAAAUUUGACGGCGGAGGGAAGGAGCUAUUUCUAAAACAUCUAGUGUGCACCCUGAGGAACCUGUACCUCCUCCCUGAUGAUAGUUAUAAGAAGAGGGCAGGCCCUUAAUGAUAGAUGCUGCCUUUUUGAAGCAUCACCUUUUGAAGAUGUACUUGAUGCAUGAAGUCGGUGGAGUGGACAAUAUUCAGGGAUUCAUCUUCAAAUCUGAAAGAAUUCGCCACAGCUGUCACCGACUUCACCAAGACCUGUGUAGGUGUACAUGUGCCUUUGAGAACAUACAGACAUACUCAAACCAAAGUCGUGGAUGAACCAGGAGAUCCAUGGUCUGCAGAAGGCUAGAUCUGUGACAUUCAAGACCUGUGUGAUCCAAAACUAUACAAGAAAUGCAGGUACGACCUAUGGAAGUCUUUUUUAAGAGUGAAAACAAAUAUUCUGAUUGAAGUUAGAGAGGGAAUCAGAUGCACAUCAGCUCUGGCAGGGUUUGCAGGCCAUUACUUCCUACAAAGCAAAACCUAACAUCAUAAAUGCUGUAAUGUUUCCCAGAUGAGUGCAAUGCCUUUUAUGCUCACUGAAAGGGAGAAUAAAACUGGAGUGAUCCUGUGAUCUCUUGUCUUGGAGGCCGACGCCAGGACAUCUUUUAUGCGGGUGAACCAACUCUCGCAAGGUGUCAGCCCUGAUGAUGUACCUGGUAGGACACUGAAAACCUGUUAACCAACUGGUGGGAAUGUUCAAACGCAUCUUUAAUCUCUCACUGCUGCCGUCAAAGGCUCUCACCUGCUUCAAAAGGCAACAAUCAUAUGAUUGCCCAAGAAGAACAGGGUGAGCUGCAUCAAUGUCUAUCACCCGGUAGCACUCACAUCUACUGUGAUGAAGUGCUUUGAGAGGCUGUUCAUGGCUAGGAUCAACUCCUCCCUAAGCAAGGACCCGGACCCGCAGCAAUCUGCCUAUUGCCACAAUAGGACUACAUCAGAUGCAGUCUCACUCUCCACCUGGCCUUGGAUCACCUGGAUAAAAGGUGAUAGAAAGUCAAGGAUCAUCUGUGUGCCAAAGAUCCCACGAAGGGUCUAAUAUCGCCCUGUUCCGGGUUGGGCUGUGUCUCCCUUCGGGAGGAGCGUGGAAGUGUCUACUGGGCUGCCUGACCUUGUCCUCUCUG